AUGGGUCCUGGACCGGGAAUGAUGACGCAAGCUCUUUUGAAAACAAUUAAACCUAAACUUUAUAUUUUAAUGGAGCCUGAUAAGACAUUUCAUCCAUUUCUUAAGGAAAUUUGCAAAAAGGCCCCAUCCAAUGUUAUUUUGACAGAGUUGAAUGGUUUUUUAUGGUCAUCAUACUCUCAGUUAGAAACACAAGGGUUACUUAAACCAGCAUACCAGCCGAUGGAUCAUAUUCAUACAUCUCUUUUAUUUGUAGCACAUCUUCCACAUGGAGUUUUAGGCGAACAACUACUUGCACAAUUUUUGAUUGCUUGUUUUGAUAGGCUCUGGAUUCAUCAAUAUGGGCGAGUACGUAUGUUAUUAUGGGUUACAACGUCAUUAGCAAGAAGGUUAAUGGCAACUCCGGGAAGGCCAGGAAGAUGCAAAUUGGGGAUUGUUAGAGAAUCAGUUGCUGAAUGUAAAACUAUUGUUGGAAAUAAAGAUAUUCCGGGUAUAUGUCCUGGAUUAGAGACAUUACCAAGAGAUUUUAUCCGAGAGAAAGACUUAAUAUUAAUAGAAAUGAUUCCAUUACCAAAAAUUCCGAUUAAAGCACCACUGGAUUCGUUUGAUUAUGUUGUCAGACAUCUUUUUGUUUUAAGAAAGACUCCUCUUAUAAAAGCAAUCAGUACUCUCGGUCCAGGCGCCGAAGUAUUAACAAAAGAAUUACCCUCAUAUUUACUUGAAAAAAAAGUAGACGAAAUAACUCGGGAAGAAUUUGAUGAAAUUGGACAAGUUUUUGAUAGAUGGCCAUUUAGACCUAAAAUAUUAUUUGAUCAAUGGGUAAAUGAUAAAGAAGAAUGCUCGAAUACAAUAGGAGGCACAUGAAUUUCGUUAAUAAUAUUACAAAAAAAAACAGAUUGCAUAUGAUAAUCCAAA